CAGCACGACCUCUCACCGCAUCUCGGCCACGAGUAAGGUACCUACUAGUGGUGGUAGUAGGAGCAGCGCUCUUGUCGCUUCCUCUGAGCUACAGUGUCAUUUCUUGUACCUCCCGUUUCUCGCUUCCAGCCCAGCCCAGCCCAGCCCUGUCCUGCUCUUCACUGCCCGUCGAGGUGAAGACAGUGUGAAGAGAGUUCCGAGACACAAUUCACCGUUUCUACCUGACCGUAGUGCUCUUCUGAAUUUCAUCAGCCGUCUCCAAGCGACGCCGAGAUUAGCAAAUCUACGCCGGCCGGCACGCGAAAAAGGUUCCGUCCUCGAUCCAGGAACACGAACACGGGCUGUCCGAUUGAUGAGAAGUUUGAGAAGUAUUAUAUCUGACCUGACCUGUACUAUAAGACUGCAGUGAUGCUAUACUAGUACAUGCUCUAUCAGUGAAAGAUACCGACGUUCACUACCAACCUUACCUGACCUUACGGUACCCUCCACUUCGGUACUACCUGACCGUUCACCGUCGCGGGCGGGCAUUCCCCCUACGGUAGUUUUAUCGGGGCCCGCCGCCAACGGACGGACUCACCCCGCAGCAGCUUUCGACUUGACGCACGCACAUGCAAGCACGAGGUCAGCCUUCUUUCGAAAUGAGUAGUAGCACACAACGCCCACCACUAUCUUUACUACAUUCGCCCUCCACCACUCCCACCCCGAACCGGUCGCACCACCGUCGUUCUUCGCCUCGUACACGCCGCUCCAUUGACGCCAUCGCGAAUCUGAGUCAAUCCGCCAGGAUGCAGGCGGAGCGAAAUGGGCUCCCGAUAGGCAAUAGUGGCCAGCGUGGUGGUGGUGGUGGUUACGGGAUGCCUCAACGCAUGGCUCCCAGUCCGCCCAAGAACAAGAACACGCAACAUGUCCCAUGCAAGUUCUAUCUACAAGGGCAGUGCCAGGCCGGGAAAAUGUGUCCUUUCUCGCACGACAUUGAGUCCACAACACGACCGGCGCCCUGCAAGUAUUUUGCCAAAGGUGGCUGCAAAUUCGGACGAAAGUGCGCGCUGCUGCACGUCACGCCAGAUGGAACCAUUGUCAAUCAGCGUUAUCCGCAGCCUUCCCAGUACAUGACACUGCCGCCGCUGACCGCCGCAUACGGGCUUCCACCACCGGGCCUACUAGCCCAAGGCCUCGAGCAGAGACCAAACGGCGACGUUCCACCCGACUUUGAUCACUAUCAAUAUGGCCCGCAGAACGGGCACGAUAUGCAACAACCCGACGUGACGUACACCUCCGCAUCGCCCAAAUACGGCACACCGCCGACUAAUGAUCGCACUGCCACCUCUCCCACACUGAAGGGGCUCUCUGUGCUGGAUGCUCCUCUUCCCAACAGCUUCGACAGCAACGGCGUCUCGUGGGCUGCGUUACAUGGUCCUUCUGGCGCAAUGGCCGCUUCCGUGCCCUCUCGGUUCGGCGUAGACUCGCCUCCUUCAUCACUGCCUCGAAAAUCACAGCUCGGGAAUUCUGCAAUACGUGACCUGCACAACUCUGCAUAUGGUGGCAUGGACAAUGUGAUUGCAGGCCUGGGCUCCUCUCCACCUAGUGGGCCUGAUGAGCCACUGUCUUUCGCAAAGAGACCACUCCACUCGAGUCGACUCCGCUCCUCGGGAGGCAGAGGUAUGGGAAUGGUUGCGGCCAGCUACGGUGGCUUUGCACCCACGCCAUUCGACGAUUGGGCGGAAGACGAGGAGGGUCACUCUGAUCGGGAAGAAGAGCUCCUUCCUUCGAGUCUUCACGAUCUGAUACCGGAAGAUCGACCUCGCAGAAUAUCCCGCACCCUCUCCGGCCAUGGUACUCCUCUCGACAGCAAGGUCGGUAGUCCUCACUCGUCGAGUCCCUCGCGCUACAGCGGAGUGUUCGCACGUACUGCUAUGCAGAACGGUCUCGGCCAUGUUGGCUCACCCCUUCGCGAUUCCUCGUUCCCCACAUCACAUCCAGCCGGUGCUGCUGGGCUGAACGGGGGAACUGGUGACUUGAGCCCCAGUAUCGGUAGUCCCGGCAGACUCAACCAGGCAAGCAUGAGCAUGCUCACCCAGGAACUUGCAAGAACUCGGCUGGAAGCUGCACGAGGUGGGCCUAACGUGCCCACGAGAACACUAUCGAACGGCUCCACUGCGCGUGGGACCAUGGACCGCAAUUUGAGCAGCACCAGCAUCAGCCAGCGCAUCGACGAAGAACAUGAGAGCGACACACUCUUCGACAUGGAUAUCGGUACGGACCCCAAAACUAAUGGCAACACCUUUGGCGCCAUUGGCGGCGGACGGACACCCAAGUAGCACUGUUCCGCGAUCACGCUUUCGAUUCCCGAAGCGCGCCGCCAGACCUCCAAGCGAUGUGCGAGUAGACAUUGCUGGACGUAGCUCCGAUGGGCGCAAUUGCACGACGUGGACUGGGCUUCUGCUCUCGGCGUUGGAUAGCUGGCAUGAUUUGACUUGUGCGCGAAGCAAAGGACGGGCGUUUCUGGCUAUGGCAUUCGGCUACUGUGACGUGGCGCGAGACUGGCGAAGCAUCAGGAAAGUAAGAUUAGGAGCACGAUUUGGAGCAUGAUGACGCAUAUGCCGGGAGGGGGCAUUGAUGAUGUUUUGUGUAGAAUGUGGCAUUCACUCUACUUUGCAGAUGAUGGUUUGAUACGUUUGAGCGAAGGCGCAGGCGGAUGAUAGUGGAUUCUCUAUGGGACAAUGGUCAUGCUCUUCUGGGGGGAGCGGAGGUACCUUCUUCUCUGGGGACUUGACCUUUUCACGGCGUUGAUGUGAUUCUGAAACGACUAAUGCUACAUACUCACUACCUACCUUCCUACCUACAUAGACCGCGGGGAAGGGGAUCAUGGCCGCUCUGCGGAAUAUGCUUGAAUAAUAGAAGGCC